GAGGAUAUAACGCGGGAGAAGGAGUGGAAAGUCCAAGACGUGGAGCGCUUGUGCACACACUCACCCCGGUCUCUUCUGCCUCUGCAAAGUGCUGUUUCACCCUUGUUUCGUCGUUUGCCGUCUCCGCACCCUUCGGGAGCUUUGGAAAGCGCCUGCACUGAGGCGCAAAGCUUUCGCUCACAUUCCUGAGGAUUGCACCGUUGAGACGCAUCUGGGUUUGUCAGAAAAGGUCCAGGAUGAUGCUCGCUCAGUGUGGAGUUGGGCGGCAGAUCCUCUUUGCUUUGAUGCUGCUGCUCUGUUUAGGCAUGGGUUCAGCCUCCUCCAUAGUGAACAUGCGUAGGAUCACCCAUCCUACAGUACAUCAAACGCUAGCAGGCAAAGCCGUCCUGCCCUGUGUCUUCACCCUUCAGACCAGCACUUCCACCCAGCCUCCCCAGCUCCUGUGGACUCACAUCAGGCUACCAGCAGGAGGAAAAGGUGCUCCUCUGGAGCAGAUUGUGCUUUCUGCUAAAGGUGAUGUAAUCAAGGUGAAUAAGGCUUUCAGCGGCCGCGUCAUGCUGCCAGGAUACACUGCCAAUCCGAUGAAUGCUACCAUGGAGAUCUUCAGCCUCCGCACUAACGACUCAGGCGCUUACCACUGUCAGGUUGUCAUGGGUAACGACUAUGAGAGAGACACUGUACCUCUGGUGGUCUCCGGUGUGGUGUUUCACUACCAGGCUCCCAGUGCCCGCUACGCCCUAUCAUUUACCGACGCUCAGCAGGCCUGCCAGGAAAUUUCGGCUCAGAUUGCCACACCGGCCCAGCUGUGGGCAGCGUACUAUGACGGCUUUGCCAGCUGUGCGGCUGGCUGGUUGGACGACCAGACUGUCCGCUAUUCUGUCCAGUUGCCAGAGUUUGGUUGCUAUGGACACACGGAGUACUCCGCUGGAGUGAGGAAUUAUGGGAAGAGGGAUCCGAAAGAGCUGUUUGAUGUGUACUGUUUUGCGAAAGAACUGGAUGGUGAAGUCUUUCACUCCUCUGUCCCAGGCAGACUGUCUCUGUCCUCGGCCUCAGACCGCUGCGUGUCCCUAGGGGGGCAGCUGGCCACAGUGGGGCAGCUUUAUCUGGCCUGGAUGGCCGGCCUGGACAGCUGUGCCCCAGGAUGGUUGUCUGAUGGCAGUGUCCGCUACCCGGUGACAUGGCCUCGCCCAGACUGUGGAGGGAGCCUGCCGGGAGUCCGCACCAUCACACACAACAGCUCAGCUGACAACACCACAGCGCUAUAUGAUGCUUAUUGCUACAGAGGUAAAGUGAAGGAUUCGGGCUCCAUCUCUCAGAUCUACACCUCCCUGUGGAAGCCCUGGAGCUACCUCACAGGCUCAAAUGAUGCUGACUCCACAGGGAAAGACAGUCCCAACCUGACUACACAGCAAACCACCACUACCAGAGGGUCCUCAGAUGGUAGUGAUGUUUCACCUUCAAACUGGACAGGAUUGGUUGACCUAGAAGAGGAGGCCUCACUUCACAGCACUGAUGCUUCCUCAGGCCCCUGGUCCUCAGAGUCAUCAGGGUCAUUUGUGACCCUCCAGCUAAUCCCAGGACAGAGUUUCUUAGACUGGGGAGAGCCACUGGAGCCUGGCCCAGACUCACAGGAAUUUCUCCGACCACCAGUCCACCCCACUCCUGCUGAGAAGAAGGUGAUCUCAAAGAUUGUCAAGUCCAUCUGGAAGCCUUGGAAUUACCUGGCUGGGACUGGAGAUGAAGAAGGAACCCAAGCACCAAAUGGACAGGCAGGGGAAGUGGAGGAGAAGGCCACAAAAAUGACAGAUGAAGAGUUAAAUCAAUCUAGCACAUCACCAGGUUUGUUUUUUUGGGGGAGUUCAUGGUUCAGCAGUCCCUCGAGGGAAAACUCGACUCCAGCUAGUGAAGAAUCACCCACUCGUCUGGCAUCUACUUCAGCUGCCUCCGGUAACUCUAUGACUACAGAGAGUACCAAGAGUCGAGAGAAUUCAGAGAUGCACGCGCCCACUGCCUCCAGCUCUGCACUUGAAAGCACGUCCUCUGGCAGGGAAACCUGGGUCCGUGUUGAAGUGGAGACCACAACCCAGUCGGGUGACAAGAGGGAGGAGACGGUGACCUCUAGAUCCAGUGGGAGAGGAGGUAGAGGGAAGGGGAAGAAGAACAGGGGGGAGGACAGGAGCAGAGGAGAAGAGAAGGGGAGAGGAGAGGAUAAGGGGAAAGGUGAAGACGAGGGGAGUGGAGAGGUCAGCAGUGCAGAAGCGAAGGGGGAAAUACAAGUUUCACGCCGACCAGUUGAAACAAGUAAACCAAGAGAACGAUCCAGAGAAAGAUCUAGAGAGAGGGGUCACAGGAAGUCCACCACUACAACGACUACCACUACCACUGAAAGUCCUCUGGAGCUCACAGUAAUGACAACGGGGUCGGAAAGCGCUGAUUUAUCUACAUCUGAAUCCCUGUCCACUUUACCAGUAGAAACCCCAUUGCCAUCAGGUCCAGACCAAUCACUCUCCUCAUCCCCACCACCACUACUAUCUGUCACUGCGUCCAUGCCUCGAUCUCCAUCCCUGUUUGAAUCCCAGUCUCCCUCCCCAUCCCCUUCUCUUCCAUCUUCCUCCUCCCCAGUUCCAUCUACUUCCUCACCUCCAUCUAACUCCCAAACCCUGUCCCUCUCACCGUCACCCUCAACCCUUUCCCAUUCCCCAUCUCAAACAGUUGGAUCAAGAGUCCCAGCUCCAUCUCCUCACUCAGACAACCAGGACAGCUCCACUACCCCCCUGACAUCUAUUAACUGGGUCCCAGUGGAGAAAGCAGUUGUGAACCACUCUCUGGAUUAUCCUCCAAUACUAUCAGAACCCCCAGAUGAGGAGGAGCCUGCUUGGUCUCACGCUGUGGGAUCGGGGGCCCUGUUACCUGUCAACAUGGAGGAGGAGAGCAACAGAGGAGGAGUUAACAUCAGCACCACAUCUCUCAGCCCAACAGUCGAGGUGGAGCCCUGCGUGACAAACCCAUGUCUGCACGGAGGAAAGUGCCUUCCUCAGGGAAAAGGCUACAGCUGCUACUGCCCACAAGGAUACGCUGGGGAGAACUGUGAGAUUGACGUUGAUGACUGCCAGUCCGAGCCAUGUGAAAAUGGAGGCACUUGCAUCGACAGGAUUGAUUCAUUCCUCUGCCUUUGCCUGCCCAGCUAUGGAGGAGAUACAUGUGAGAAGGACAUAGAAGGUUGCGAGCACGGUUGGAGGAAGUUCCACGGCCACUGCUACAGGUACUUCACCCACAGACACACCUGGGAGGAUGCAGAGAAAGACUGCAGAGAGCACAGUGCCCACCUCAGUAGCAUCAUCUCCGCCACUGAGCAGGAGUUUAUCAAUGGUCUGGGUCAUGACAAUGCCUGGAUCGGACUGAAUGACCGUACAGUGGAGGAAGACUUUCAGUGGACUGACAGCAACGAUCUGGUAUAUGAGAACUGGAGGGAGAGCCAGCCAGAUAACUUCUUUGCAGGAGGUGAGGACUGUGUGGUGACCAUUGCCCAUGAGGAUGGCAAGUGGAACGACGUGCCCUGCAACUACAACCUGCCCUACAUCUGCAAAAAAGGCACAGUAUUGUGCGGGACCCCGCCUGCAGUGGAGAACGCCCAUUUGAUAGGUCGGCGGAGGUCACACUAUGACAUCCACGCAGUUGUACGCUACCAGUGCUCUGAAGGCUUCUUCCAGCGUCACAUCCCCACCGCUCGCUGCCGAGCCGAUGGCACCUGGGAGAGACCCAGGAUCAUCUGCACAAAGUCCCGGCGAUCACACCGGUACCGACGCCACCACCACAAUCAGCACCAUGAGCGCCGCAGCCACAGGAGGCACGGAGGAGAUGGACAUAAGGCCAGAGAGGACACACACAGCUACUACUGAACCAAAUAAUACCAUAUCUGCAAUGCCUAGGUGCUAACCAUGGCCCAUAAAGACAGACAGUAGUUCACAUCACUCCCAUUUCCAUUUCCUGCUUCUAACCAUGCUCUGUUUAGCUUUAUUCCUCCUGAUUAAUUAGGUUUUCUUACAGUUUAUCUCCAUAAACCCCUGUCCCUGAGUUAGGAUGUUUUGAUGCUUCUCUUUGUUUUCACCCUGCUUCCUUUAACCGAGGUCCCUGCGAACACUAACUAUAACACUAACUCACUGUUAUUACACUAACUCCCUCUCUAAGAUCUCUGUACACUAAAUCCUCCUCCUGUCUAUGAACUCAAACAGCAGUGUGCGAGUGUGUGUGAGCGUAUGCAUGUAAGAGAAAAACUUGAAAAGUGCUGAGUCACUUUGUGAAGGUUUGCUUGUUCUACAUGAUAAAUGACCCAUCCUAGUAUUCUGUUUACAAAGCACAGAUGUAAUUGAUGCAAGAUAGCAUUCAGUCCCUGGUAACCCUGAGCUUUUUGUAUGUGUACUGUAGCUGUUACUUUUUCCAUAGAGCACCUGACUAGCGUUGUCUAUUUUAUUCUACUGACAUGCCUUUUUCUAAUAUUUGCUGUGUUUUGGUGUUAUGUUACUAUUUAUUAUAAAUCACUUGCUAGUGAAUGUGCUUUCUUUUCUUACUUAUACUUCAGAGAGCCGAUGUAACAUAAUUUUUCUAUACCAGUAUAAGUCCAAUACUUAACAAUAAACAAAAUUAAUCAUUAGAAUACCCCUAAUCUCUGUAUUGUAAAUAUUGUGGUGUUUGUUAUUGGCUGAUCCUUGAUCAAUAGCUGGACCUUGUCCAAUGAAAUAGAUGCCCCCAUAAGCCCUCUCAGCUAAUGAUUAUUUCCCAUUGACAUAGAUAGUGUGGAUGGGAUUACAUACAAUACUUUCUCAAGAUAACUACUUGAUUGUAUCUGAAUUGCUAAAUACUUUAAAUCUUUGCACGGCUAUAUUUACAUUUACAUGAUGGGUAGAAUGUCACUAUUUUUUGUCCUUUGGUCCCUUUGAUAUUUGAUCAGUCAUCAGUUUUUUUGGUGUUCUUAUGACUUUUUGUCCUGCUGUUGUAUUCCAUUCUUAAUAAAGUAAAAAA